GUUCUGUUUUAUAAUAACGUGUUUGGAACAGCUGAUCGAGUGGCCGCGUGUCCUGCACAUGUGCUCGGCUACUCUACUCUACUACGUUAGUGCAAUGUACCUAUAUGUGAAUGUAUUCGUGCUUGACAAAUAUUUGACGUAAGCGUGGCCGUACCGGUGAAUGUUACGUUUUUUUUUGGAUUAAAAAAGAAACUGAAAAGAUGAAGCUGUGUAUAUAUUUGCUUCUGAGUUUUUUGGCAGUGCGCGCGUCGCCCGAACCGCGGCGAAUCAACACGCUGUCAGAGCCGCCACACCACGUCGACUUCACGAACGACACAGGCGCCAUGCUCAGCUGCAGCAUCAAGGGCCAGUAUCAAGUCGACUGGCUUUUAGCGGACAAUUCUCCGCUGGUCGCGGUAAGCGGGCUGCGCAGGGUACUUCUAAAUGGCUCGCUGGAGUUUGCGCCGUUCUCAGCUGAGCGGUAUCGGAGGGAUGUUCACGCGGCUACGUACAAAUGUCGAGUGAAAUUAAACAGCGGAUAUACCAUACUGUCAAAGAACAUACAUAUACAUGCAGUGGUGGAUGGUGCAUGGGACGUGUACGUACGUGACGAGUACGUGAUGUCAGGCAACACGGCGGUGCUACGGUGUGCGGUGAGCGCGCAUUGUGCUGACCGUGUUGAUACCACCGAUUGGUUCACAGAGGAUGACGUCAAUGUUGUCAGAUACUUAGGGGCGAAGUAUCAGAGUUUAGACGACGGUUCGCUGUAUAUAAGCUCUGUUAGCGCUAACGACCGCUACAGCGCUUUUCGCUGCAGGGUGCGCGAUAGAAUCACCGGCAAUAUGCAUUUCAGUCAGUACUUUGGUCGGAUAAUAGUGACAGAACCAAAGGGCGAAGUGCGGCCACGUCUGGUGCUGGAGACGCGGACUAGAAGAGUGCAGGUGGGACACGAAGUGCGACUGCCCUGCGCCGGACACGCCUGGCCAGUGCCUAGUUACAGGUGGUUUCGCGAGCAUCACGAACAGUUGAUACCGCUAGAGAAAUCGUCUGUUUGGCAAAGAGCGGUACUGCUUGGGGGCGGUCUACUAAGCAUACAGAAGGUUAGAAGAGAGGAUGCUGGAAGAUUUGUAUGCUACCUUAAUAACACAGCUGGUGAAGAAGCUUUACGUUUUACUCUCAUAGUAACAGAACCAAUCUCCGUCCGUGUAAAACCCGAAGUGAUCCGAACAAAGCCGAACACGAACAUAACUUUCGACUGCAAAGUAUCAGGACAUCCGAUAGAAAUAGUUUACUGGUUACACAACUCUAAAGUUGUCAAAUCGUGCGACAGAGUGAGGAUAUCAGAAGACGGCUUUAGGAUACAUAUCAAGAACACACAGGCAAACGAUGAGGGCGUUUAUCAGUGCUUUGCAAGCAAUAUGCGGGAUCAAGCGUACGGCAUAUCGGAAUAUUCGAUUGAUCAGUCAGAAAGUCGUGUGCUCGGUGUGGGCAAUCGGUCGCGGCGGACGCCUCACGCCCGCAGCGCGCACGUACAUGAUACCGCAGACUGGAACUUCACUGGAAACAGAGAAUCCAAGCCGGAGCUGGUGUAUUGGUUUUCGGAGCAGACCCUGCAGCCCGGGCCCAGCGUGUCUCUGAAGUGUGUCGCCAUGGGACAUCCUCCACCACAGUUCUCAUGGACGCUUGACGGGUUUCCUAUUCCUACUAACUCGAGAUUCGUUGUCGGUCAACACGUUACGCUCCAAGACGACGUUGUCAGCCAUCUUAACAUCAGUCGUGUGACGGAACAAGAUGGCGGCGAGUACGCUUGUGUUGCCAGCAAUACGGCGGGUAAAGCCAGCCACGCAGCCAGAGUGAACGUGUAUGGCUUACCUUAUAUUCGGGAAAUGCCCAAAGUGACUGCGGUAGCUGGAAGUGAUUUGAAUAUAAAAUGUCCUGUCGCCGGUUAUCCUAUUGAAUCCAUCACGUGGGAACGAGAUGGUCAAACGUUACCACUCAAUCGACGGCAAAAAGUGUUCCCCAACGGCACAUUGGUGGUGGAGCAAACUCAACGUGGGGAGGACGCUGGUACAUACACCUGUCAAGCUUCCAACAGACAGAGGCAUGCCGCUAGAAGAGAUGUAGAAGUGCAAAUACUUGUACAGCCAAAGAUCUUACCCAUACAGCCGUUAACAAAUCUUCUUCGAGAAGGCAUGAGGGCGGCUAUCUCCUGUCAGAUUUUAGAAGGAGAUCUUCCGAUAGCUUUUCGUUGGGAGAAGAACGGACAACCAGUGACAUCGUCUCCGUACGCACCGAGUGGCAUAAUCACCCGUAGGAUGGAUGAAUACAGCGCCUCGCUCGUUAUCGAACAUAUUACAUCAUUACACAGCGGAAAUUACACCUGCAUAGCUUCCAAUAUCGCAGGAUCCGAACGUUUUACAGUACCUCUUACUGUUAAUGUGCCGCCGAGAUGGCGACUGGAGCCAAACGACAUUGCGGUAGCGGCCGGCCAAGACGUCACGUUGCAAUGCCAAGCUGACGGAUAUCCGAAGCCAAAUAUUACGUGGAAGAAAGCAGUAGGUAACACGCCGGGGGAAUACAAAGAUUUUCUAUUCGAGGGCAGCUCCAGGGUGCUUGACAACGGCUCUCUGAUAUUCGAGCGCGUCGCCAAAGAUAGCGAGGGACACUACCUUUGUGAGGCGAGGAACGACAUCGGCGCUGGUCUCAGCAAGUUGAUAUUUCUAAAAGUUAACGCGCCGGCGCGGUUCCCUAUGAAGAGUAAAACAGUGCAGGUGACGGCCGGCGAGGCGGCGCACCUACAAUGCGCAGCUUCAGGCGAUGCUCCACUAGAAGUCAGCUGGAGGAGCCCACAUCAUCACACGAUAGCACACCAUCUAGAUCAAAGAUACACAAUACGUGAACAAGUUCUUGAUGACGGACUUGUUUCAGAGCUGAGUAUUCUACAGACAUACAGGCAAGAUACCGGCGCGCUAACUUGUAGAGCAUCCAAUGCAUACGGACAAGACGAAAUGCUUAUACACCUCGUUGUUCAAGAGGUACCAGAAAUGCCAAAAAAUAUCAGAAUAAUAGAUCAACAAUCGAGAUCAAUACAAAUAUCGUGGACACAACCGUAUGCAGGAAAUAGUCCAAUUAUUAAUUACAUCGUACAAUACAAGGAAGCACCAGAACCAUGGCCGACAACGCCUCAGAAGGUGAUAGUACCGGGAAGUGUAACCUCAGCGAGCGUACAGAACUUGCAGCCGGCGACCUCGUACCAUCUGCGCAUCAUUGCCGAGAACAGACUCGGUCAGAGCGAGCCCAGCCAACUUGUACAAGUUACCACUACUGAAGAAGUUCCGAGUGGCCCGCCGUUGGACGUUAGGGUCGAGCCUAAAAGUUCUACGGAGCUAAUCGUCAGCUGGGAUCCGCCGCAGAAGGAUUUAUGGAACGGAAAUAUUCUCGGUUAUUAUGUAGGAUUUCAAGAAUUAAAUAGCAACAGUUCAGUCCUGAUAGCGAGCGGUCCUGGCGGGGCGUCGUACACGGUGCGAACUGUGGAGGGCACGGGGUCAGCGCGGGCGCGCACUACGCUCUCCGCGCUGCAGAAACACACCGCGUACGCUGUGGUAGUGCAGGCUUACAACAGCCGCGGCGCCGGGCCCGCCUCGCCGCCCACGACUGCCACCACUAUGGAAGACGUGCCAAGCCUUCCUCCCGGAUCCUUACAAUGCGCGGCGCUGAGCUCGCAGUCGGUGCGAGUCACGUGGGAACCGCCUCCCGUCAGAGGGCGCAACGGAGUGUUGCAGGGAUACAGGGUCACUUAUGCACCUGUCACGGAUUGGUAUGGGGUAGAAGAUGCAGUUACAAAGCAAAUAUCAGCACUCCAUACGACGUUGUCAGGACUACGACGAUAUACAAACUAUUCUGUCACUGUUUGUGCCUUUACCGCUGCUGGUGAUGGCGUCAGAGCUGCGCCUGUUUACUGUCAGACUGAAGAAGAUGUACCUUCCGCUCCAGCUGACAUCAAAGCAGUUGUUUCAUCACGCAACAAGAUACUUGUCUCAUGGCUUCCACCGACAUCACCUAAUGGUGUUCUAGUUGGAUAUACUUUGUAUAUGAGUGUCAUAGAAGAUGGACGAGAAGAAGGUACUCAUAAACGAAUGCUGUCUCCGAGUACAUUAUCACAUGAAACCGCGAGAUCCCCACCGAGAGGGACUCAUCAAUUUUGGGUAUCUGCUUCUACAAGACUUGGGGAGGGUGAAGCGACCAGAGUUGUUACUGUUUUGCCAUCAGACUCAGUGCCAGCAAGAAUUACCUCCUUCAGUCGUAGUAUAGUUACCCCAUGGAAGGAAAAUAUUUCAUUGUCGUGUAACAAAGUUGGCGUACCAACACCAUCUACCACUUGGAGUAUGAACGGUGCAGUACUGGAAUCGACUUUGAGAAAAAACGUUAGCAAUGACGGAACUUUGAUAAUCAGUAUGACACAGUACGCGGACAGUGGUAACUACACGUGUGCGGUGGAGAAUGCUCAUGGGCGUGACGACGUGACUUACAGUGUGGAAGUGAAGGUGCCUCCUCAGCCGCCAGUGCUAGCCGUAGUCGAUUCCUACGCGGACUCGCUACACCUACAAUGGAGUGACCAGGGGGACGGAGGCAGCCCUAUCUUAGGGUACGUGAUAAACUACAAGCGCGAGCACGGCGACUGGGAGGAGCUGCAAGUGGAAGCGGGCACAUCGGAGCACGUUCUGCCCAACCUGUGGUGCGGCACGCGGUACCAGCUUUAUAUCACCGCCUUCAACCGCAUCGGUACUGGCCUGCCCUGUGACAUCGUGCAUGCCUAUACUAAGGGCACUGUUCCCGUGAAACCAAAACACUCACAGAUGAUCACGCUCAAUACGACAACGGUAACGGUUUGGUUGGACUCCUGGGGAGAUGGUGGCUGUGGAAUACUAUACUUUGUUAUUGAAUAUAGGGAAAUAAGUCAAACACCGUGGCGGCUGGUGUCGAACAGCGUGCAGGCGACGGAGCGCGUGUUCAGCGUCACCGGGCUGGCCGCCGCCACGCACUACCAGCUGCGCAUCACCGCCCACAACAACGCCGGACACGCGCUCGCUCUGUACAACUUCACCACGCACUCCCUCACCGGCAUAGUGGAGGGCGAGGUGUCGCCGGCGCCGAAAUUACGAAUAAUCGUUAUUAUCUUCUUCACUGGACAAAUUAAACUGAAAAAAGCAGGCACAACAGAGAGUGCGGCGCCGGAGGCAGGCGUGGGCGAGUCGCCGUCAGUAGCGCAGCUGCAGAACAAAGUAAACCGCGACCAGCAGUACCUGGCGGCGCGCGCACAGCAUCCCGCUCCACCGCACCACUACAAGCACGCAUCUAAUGAAUACAUCGAAGACAUCUGCCCAUACGCGACGUUCCAGCUGACGAAGCCCGCGUACAGCGAGAGCAGUUACAGCGGCAACGUGUACAGCGGCCCUUACCACUCCGUGCGCGGCUCCUUCGUCUACCACGACCUCAAGCAAAAUGACAAAUAUAAGGGCAAAGAACCGGAGUAUACAAAAGUGAGAAGAAAAGGCGCCAGACUUCGAGACCCGCAUUCGGAGAGCCAAGAGUCGGACAACUUGGGCUCAACGGACUCGGAGGUGAAGAAGAUAUUAACGCUGCACCUGCCCAUUACAGAGUACGAGGAUGACGCCAGCGACGACGCUAGCGCCCCCCACUCCGACAGCGAACCUGCCGCCAGGAUACGACCUGCGCACCCCACUACCUACCCGAGUGUAGAGCGCGAGGAGUCAUCGUCUUCGUCGGAGAAUUCGGUAGGUGGCGUUGUCCGCAAGGCGUUCCCGAGCCGCAAGGGCAAAGCGGGCGCGCUCGGCAAGCGACACGUGCGCUCCUCCAGCGGAUACAGCAGUCACAAUGAUGAAACUACUUUCAGCAUAUCAAACUACCCGUCGUUCAACGAGCACAUUCACCCGCCUUCGAGGUUCUCGGACGACACAGAGUGCGAGAGUCACCAUCGCCGCAAGCCAAGCCGCGCUCACGACAAGACCUCGCGUGAAGCAUUCCAGAUUAAUGUAUGAACACCUAUUUAAAUUACGGAUAAAUGACAUAGAAACUUUAUUCAAAUUAUGUAAACACAACCUAACGUGUGAAUACAUUUUCACAUGUAAAUAAAAUUAACAAUUUUUGUAACUGUAUUUCAUAUACAUACAUUCUUCUGGUUUAUUCAAUCAAACAUGAUUAAAAACGAUCAUAAAAUCAUGAAGUUAAGUUAACCUUGUUAAUUAAAUAAGUUCUUAGUGACUAUGAACUAAAUUAAAUUAAUAAUC